GUCGAAUUUUUAGUGUCGAAAAAAAAAACUGAAAAACAUCAAAAUGUUUUUAUCUUCCCUCAUUGACGAAAUUAUAAUACAAAUCAAAUUUUUGGCUUCAAAAGCUUUUUUAAAUUAUGUAGGGUGUCAGUUAGCAAAAGUGGUAAUUGUAAAUUUAAAAAACAUUAACGUUAUAAGCUAAAAUUGGUACCAUAGCAGUAGUUCACCAUAAGUAUCUCAAGGACUCUCCUGCUGUAUUUUGUCUUAUUACUAAUUAGGUAUAAUUUGCUCUGUUAUUUUGUUAUAAAAAAUGGAUUUUAAUACAACUACGAAUGUUGAUUAUCAUUGGCCUUUCUCUAAGCCCGUGGUGGGAAAACCAUGCGAGCCGCCAAGUCCCGACGCGACGCCGACAGUCCGCCCCGCGCCGGUCGCGCCGUACUGUCAUUGCGACGCGCACUCCUACUCGCCGCGUGUAGAGCAGUACAAGCAACUACUUGACAAGGAACAAAAGUUAUGCCACGACUAUGAACAGUUAAGGAAACAGAUGGUGGAUGUAACGAACGACAUUCUGGACCACCCUUGUGAUGAUCUGGAUAGUAAAAUGUUAACAAUGUACCAAGCUACUUACACGAAACGCUCCUUCCCAACAGCAGAUUACCGUGCAAUAAUAGCAGCGUCACAGUCAAGUGCGCCAAUACCGAUGGAGAGCCAUAAGCUGGGCAUGCUACGGUGCUAUAAAGACCCUACACACUUCAGUGAUAAACCUCCAACAGUUCGCCCUACCAUCCACCCCCCUGGAGCUGUGCAUACUGGGGUUGCUCCAAAGGCUAUUCAGACUUGGUUUACGGAGUUUCCCGGGCGAACUGAAUACAUGGACACCUACAGCGCCUCAGCCAAGGCCUGCUGGAGAUCCAUGCAACGGUACAAGGAGCCCAUGCCUUCCACCAGGAGGCGAGCUGAUGAUACUUGUGUGUGAUGCAGAAGGAUGGGAGACCGUGUUGUUUUAUUCUUUAGGCCUCAGCGUGAACGUUAUUGAAAUAAAAUAAGGGAAGAUA